GGAGCGGUCCAGGCCCCGGGGCGUGCCCCGCGUGGAAAUGGCCCGCGGGAGAGACCCGAGAUCUGUGUCAAGUCUGAACACGGGGCAGAUCCUGUCCUACUCUCUUUAGGGGAAGGGUCCCCAUCCCACCUCAUCAUGUCUCGUCGAAGCCAGCGCCUCACCCGCUACUCCCAGGGGGACGAUGACGGCGGCAGCAGCAGUGGCGGGAGCUCGGUGGCGGGGAGCCAGAGCACCCUGUUUAAGGACAGUCCUUUCCGGACCGUGAAGAGGAAACCCAGCAGCACGAAGCGCCUCUCCCCGGCACCCCAGCUGGGCCCCUCGGACUCACACACAUACUACAGUGAGUCCGUGGUCAGGGAGUCCUACUACGGCAGCCCCCGGGCCGCCUCCCUGGCCCGGAGCUCCAUCCUCGAUGACCAGCUGCACAGUGACCGCUACUGGAGUGAGGACCUGCCGGUGAGGAGGAGGAGAGGCACCGGGGACACCGAGAGCAGCAAAAUCAACGGGCUGGUGGGGGCCAAGCUCUCCGAGGACUUCCCGGGGUCCUCCUCCGGCUACUCCUCUGAGGACGACUACGUAGGAUACUCACAGGCGGCCCAGCAGGGCUCCAGCUCACGGCUGCGGGGCGUGGUCUCACGGGCAGGCUCUUUCUUCUGGACGGUGGUCACCUUCCCAGGCCGGCUCUUCGGACUCCUCUACUGGUGGGUCGGCACCACCUGGUACCGCCUGACGACGGCUGCCUCCCUCCUCGACGUCUUCGUUCUAACCCGGCGCUUCUCAUCCCUGAAGACGUUCCUGUGGUUCCUCUUGCUGCUGCUGCUCCUGACCGGCCUGACCUACGGUGCCUGGAAUUUCUACCCCUACGGCCUGCACACAGUCCACCCCACCUUGGUUUCCUGGUGGGCAGCGAAGGGCAGCAGCCAGCAGCGUGAGGUGUGGGAGCCCAGAGAUUCCCAGGCUGAGCAGCGCAUUCUGUCCCGGGUGCAUUCCCUGGAGCGGCGCCUGGAAGCCCUUGCCGCUGAGUUUUCCUCCGCGUGGCAGAAGGAGGCCAUGCGCCUGGAACGCCUGGAGCUGCGGCAGGGGGCUGCCGGCGAGGGCGGGGGCCGUGGCCUGAGCCAGGAGGACACGCUGGAGCUCCUGGAGGGGCUGGUGAGCCGCCGAGAGGCCGCCCUGAAGGAGGACUUCCGCAGGGACACCGCUGCCCGGAUCCAGGAAGAGCUGGUCGCCCUGAGAGCAGAACACCAGCAGGACGCAGAAGACCUCUUCAAGAAGAUUGUCCGGGCCUCCCAGGAGUCUGAGGACCGACUCCAGCAGCUGAAGUCCGAGUGGCACAGGAUGACCCAGGAGUCCUUCCGGGAGAACUCCAUGAAGGAGCUGGGGCGGCUGGAGGGCCAGCUGGCAGGCCUGCGCCAGGAGCUGGCAGCCCUGGCCCUGAAGCAGAGCUCGGUGGCGGACCAAGUGGGCCUCCUGCCGCAGCAGCUCCAGGCCGUGCGGGAUGACGUGGAGUCUCAGUUCCCUGCCUGGGUCAGUCAGUUCCUUCUCCAAGGUGGGGGGGCCCGCUCGGGGCUCCUUCAGCGAGAGGAGAUGCAGGCUCGGCUGCAGGAGCUGGAGGGCAAGAUCCUCAGCCACGUGGCCGAGAUGCAGGGCAAGUCGGCGAGGGAGGCGGUGGCCAGCGUGGGGCUGAGGCUGCAGAAGGAAGGCGUGAUCGGGGUGACAGAGGAGGAGGUGCACCGCAUCGUAAACCAGGCCCUGAAGCGCUACAGUGAGGACCGCAUCGGGAUGGUGGACUACGCGCUGGAGUCCGGAGGGGCCAGUGUGAUCAGCACCCGAUGUUCCGAGACCUAUGAGACCAAGACGGCCCUCCUCAGCCUCUUCGGCAUCCCCCUGUGGUACCACUCCCAGUCGCCCCGCGUCAUCCUCCAGCCAGAUGUGCACCCAGGCAACUGCUGGGCCUUCCAGGGGCCCCAGGGCUUUGCCGUGGUCCGCCUCUCUGCCCGCAUCCGCCCCACUGCUGUCACCUUAGAGCAUGUGCCCAAGUCCUUGUCACCCAACAGCACCAUCUCCAGUGCCCCCAAGGACUUUGCUGUCUUUGGGUUUGAUGAAGACCUGCAGCAGGAGGGGACGCCUCUUGGCCAGUUCACCUACAACCAGGAUGGGGAGCCCAUCCAGACAUUCUAUUUUCAGGACCCCAAAAUGGCCACAUACCAGGUGGUGGAGCUGCGGAUCCUGACUAACUGGGGCCACCCUGAGUACACCUGCAUCUACCGCUUCAGGGUGCAUGGGGAGCCCGCCCACUAGGCCCCCCCUGCACUGCUGCCAGCCAGCGGGGAGGCCAGCCACGCCCCCUUCUCCGGGCAUCGGGGAGCAGCACCCCUGCACUUCCCCACAUGCUUGAUCAGCGCACUGACUUCCAGGAGCAGGAACCCUUGCCCAGUGGACAUAGAAUGUGCCGGGCUUUCCCAGCAGCGGCAGCUCCAGGGCUCAGCUGGCUCCAAUCUUUCCAUCCUUCGUUCUCACGCCAGGCACCAGGGUCUGCUUCCCCUCCUGGGAGGCUGUACAUAUGUAGCAUGUCAUGUGGGACUGAGGCAGGAGAGGUGACGCGUGGACAUGUCCAGCAGCCGUGGGCAAGACCUGACUGACUGCCCCUUGCCCACGGCGGAGGGGCUGGCACCCAGGAAGCUCUGUUGGGAGGUGUGUGGUGUGUGAUGCACAUGCCAAAGCCACGGGGGCACAAGCUAGGGCUCGGGCAGGGAAUUGAGGCCCCAUGGGAGGAGGGUGCCCGCAGUUCCGGUUGGGACAGGCUGCAGGCAGGAAGCUCCUGGGAGCGGGCAGCUGGGCUCUUGCCGAAGCCAGUUCCAUCGACCUAGGGGAGCUUGGCCCUCAGGGUCCUCCAAGGGCUUCUAUACACUGUGCUUGUCCUGGCGUGAGGUGGGCCGUGGGGCUUUUUGUACCCCAGGUCUGCUCCUGGGAUCCUCGGAGGGGCCCCUCUGCUGGGGACACUAGUUGUUUCUGCUCGUCUGAUGCGGGGAUGGGGCCUGCCUGUCCCUAGCACGUUUGCCACAUCCCCCAGGUGCAGGGAGCCCAGACCCGCCCUCGGAGGCUGUGCGUCUGGGGCCAGCUGAAAGGGUGCAGGCAGAGGACUCCCUAGCUCCCUGGUGGCCCAGUGAUGACAGGGUGAUAUCAGGGUAUCAUGGUGGGAGGACUGUCUGACUUGUGCCCCAUCUCAAUCCGGCCCCUGGGUCAGGGGCCCUCACCCUCAGCACCCCCUCAGGGCUCUUCCAGCUCUUGCUCAGUCACUUCCUUUCUGGCUUUUUUCUAUGGGGGGUGGGGGUGAGGGGAGGGCAGGGAUGGGAGGCAGGGUUUUUUUUUGCCUCAGCUGGCCCUGCUGUUAUUAUGUAAACACUUUUCAAGGUCAUUUUUUUAACUGAAAAGCUAAGGGCUUGAUUCCUAGCCCCGUUCUGUGGGGUGCUGGGUGAUUUCAGUUCCUUGUAACCCGGAUGCCAAGAGGGGCUGCCAUGCAGGCAGGCGCCCUCCCGAGGGCCGAGGCUCACGGGGCAGAGCUGGGCUGAAGGCCAGGCCCCAGGCCAUCCUGUGCUCCUCCAGCACUGGCCCUGCACACCUCUGCCCCAGCUCUUCUGUCACAAAUGCUGCACUAUUGGGUUCUUACUUUUCUUAUCUCCAGAUUCUAAUUUAUACCUAUGCAAAGAAUAAAUUAUGCCCAGGACUAAUGGAA